AUGAUGUCGAAACUUUUUUAUUGCAUCAUUCUUGGUAGUUCACGUUCAGCCUGCUCUCCUAUGACUGGCCAAAAUGGUUCUGCCUUACUUAAAAAUUCUGGACCUGACCACCACAGAUCAGAAUCCAGGAGGCUGCUAGCCCUGGUGCCUCGAGAUAUCAAGUCCGCAGGGUUGCAGGCUGUAGGCACAUGGCGCCAAUUUUCUGGU